UCUCGCCCUCUACCUAUCACUACCGAAGCUCAACCACUGGUGUCUCAAUCCUCACUGCCCCAGCUGAGGUUACAUUGCCAAACUGAUGGCGAAAGAUUCCAGCAGCACGAGUUCCGAUGCUAUUCCGAUCCGGGACUACCUAGUCUGGUCCCUCUUCAACCUCUCCUACAUGAAUUUCUUCUGCUUGGGUCUACUGGCGGUGCUCUUCUCGGUCAAAUGCAGAGAUCGGAAAAUGGACGGUGAUUUCGACCAAGCUCGGUCGUAUGCCCGCAAAGCCCGAAUAUUGAACAUUGUAGCCGCUGUGCUGAGCAGCCUGGUCUUCAUCGCCUUCAUUGCGAUGGCAGGCGCUGGCAUGUUUCAGAUUAAAUGAGCCCAGAGUGAUUCCGAUCCGGGUGGCAAGUGAAGACAGCCUCCCUACUGAUGGCGGGAAUGCUUUUCUGACAGAACUCUUCUCAGCACCAAGACAGCAUCCUCAUAGAGCUCCUCCCUAAUGUGUAUUAGUUUCUUUAAAGCUUGACCAUGGUGACUCUGGUUGGAGUAAUAA